UAACCAACAGUCUUCAAUACCGUUGUAAAAUGGCGGCCGUUGUGACGUGACGGAUGCCCUCAAAGCCUUGCGCCACGGAAGUAGAAGAAAAAUGCGGAAGUUGGGAGACGACCAGAAACAAAAGCCCCGAUUGACGGCGCCAAAACGCGACACCAACAUGUCGUUUAGCAAAGAGUUUGUAAGGCAGCGGUUGAUGGUGGCUGCGGAGGAAAUAUUGGCGCUGUUUGAAAGGACGAUGGCGUCCUACGAGGAGGAACUUUGUCGAACGAGAGAGGAAAACGAGCGGCUUCGACAACAACUGGAAGCUGCUAGCAAGGCCGGGAUGAUGCUACACAGCAAAGGCGUGCAGCAGCUGACUGGUCAUCAAGCAGAAGAUCCACUUCAGCCGCAGGAGGAUCUCGGGCCCCCCCACGUUAAGGAGGAAGAGGAGGACCUCCGGGUCACUGGGCAAGGAGGUUGUCUUCCACGGUCGGAGCAGGCUGAUUUGACUGUCGCCUCCACGAAGUCUGAAGACUUGGCAGACGCCCUCUUAGCCCCGCUGUCAGAUAGCGAAGCUGAAGAAGCUUUGAGCGGCGAUACGGACCGUGAAGGCAACACGAGGACUCCCGUUGACAACAGACAGUCCGAGCGCCGUGAUAAGGAGGCGGGUAAAAAGCGUUUCACCUGCUCAGUGUGCGGUGAAGGCUACUCUUAUAAGUGCAAUUUGACUCUGCACAUGCGAACGCACACCGGAGAAAAACCUUUCAAGUGCUCCGCGUGCGGCGACGGCUUUAUCCAGAAGGUCGCUUUGAUUGCUCACACCGCAACGCACACAGGAGAAAAACCUUUCACCUGCUCUGUUUGCAGCAAGACGUUUUCUUACAAAAGCAAUUUGAACGCGCACAUGCGGACGCACAGUGAGAAACCCUUUGGUUGCUCAGUUUGCGAUAAAAGAUUCGCCCAAAAGGUCAACCUGGACUCACACUUGAGGACGCACACUGGGGAAAAACCUUUCAGUUGUUCUGUUUGUGGCAAAAAAUUCUCCCACAAGGCAAACAUGGUAACACACCUGAGAAUACACACGGGAGAAAAACCGUUCACCUGCUCAGCGUGUGGCGAAGGUUUCGCUCAAAAGGUGGCUUUGGCGGCGCAUGCAAGCAUGCACACGGGAGAAACACCCUUCGGUUGCUCAGUUUGCGGUAAAACAUUCUUUCAAAAAGCCAACAUGACGUCGCACAUGAAGACGCACACAGGAGAAAAACCUUUCACAUGCUCAGUUUGUGGUGAGAGUUUUGCGCAGAAGAUCACCUUGAUCACGCACACCAGAACACACACGGGAGAAAAACCUUUCAGUUGUUCCUUUUGUGGCAAGGAAUUCUCCCAGAAGUCCAACAUGGUGUCGCACAUGAGAAUCCACACUGGAGAGAAACCUUUUACUUGCUCGGUCUGCGGCGAGAGCUUUGCCCAGAAGGUGUCUCUGGGUGUACAUGAAAGAACGCACACGGGAGAGAAACCCUUUGCUUGUUCGGUUUGCGGGAAGAGAUUCUUUCAAAAGGCAAACAUGGUCAUGCACACGAGAACGCACACGGGGGAAACCACCUUCAGCUGCUCCGUCUGCGGCAAACGAUAUUCGCACAAGUCCACGUUGAUGACACACAUGCAGACGCACAGCAGGGAAUAAACGUCUUCCUGCCGUCUGAACCGCCAAUGUGUCACACAAGUUGGCUUCCGGUUCAAUUCCGGUGAGGAGCUCAGCUUCCGACCUCUGUUUUCUUAGAGAUCCAGAAAGUCACCCCCGACUUUGACGUCCUCCAAAGGGUGUUGGUCGUUUUCUCAACCACUCUUUGGCCGAACGCUCCACGUUGCGGCGAAUGAUCCCAAAUCGUGUGCAGCCCUGUUGCUGGUUCGCUUCCUGUUGUGUCUGAGGUCAAACCGUGUCAAAGGAACGACAACCUCUGCGUUAGCACCAAGUUGCAGUACGUACUUUUCUAGUUGCUGACUGGCACUGGCAGGGUUUGGGACUACGACGUUGGUGCUUUCGUCAGCCAACUCUUCUGCCGUUCUAUUGCAUCAUAGGCUUCCACGGGCCAGCCUUAUCCACCCAAAAGUCGUGCCACAGUAUGUCCACUCAUUGUCUGUUUUUGGGACGUCGGGCGUUUCGGAGUGGAAACGUCGGAGCUUUGCCUGGCAGCCAUUGUGGAAGAUGCUACCAAGGUACAUUUCUCUGCUCCACUUGAAAUAGCACUGGGCUUGGACUUUUCAAUUCUGGACUGGAUUCCUCUACGGACCCCAAAGAGUCAUAAAAUUACAGUUUGUGAUUUGUGAAACUUUGAUCUUAUUUGUUAAAACAUAAUGAAUGUACAUUUAGACGUGAAAAUCACGGGACUCUGACUUUUCAAAUCUGGACUGGAUUCAUCUACGGAUCCCAGAGGUUCACAAAGACGUUCUAGCAACGAAGAUCUAUUAUUAUUCGACGUUUAUCAACAUAUAACUAUGAUUGUACCGUGGAACUAGCCGUUUUAGCCCACUGGUCAUGUUGUUGCAAUAGUUAGCCGUGCUAACUAGCAUGGCUAGCAGCUGUUGAAAAAGUGACUACGGGCUAAACAUUUCUAAUCAGCAUUAAAGUUCCAUAUCCUGUUUCAUGGAAUCAUCAUCAUCAUGGAAUAUCCCAAGUCAUAUUAACAAGUCAAACGUCAAAACUACAAGAUGAAAAGUGAAAUAAAAAGUCAAAAUUCUGAAAUUCAUUUUCUACGGCCUCUAUCCUCACGAGGGUCUACACCAGGGGUCCCCAAACUUUUUCCAGUGAGGGCCACAUGACUUUUCGUUCCUCUGAAGGGGGCCAGGGUCAGGGUCGUAUGUUUGUUUAUAUUCUAUGACUGGGGCAAAGUGUGGUUGUAGUCACGUCACAAUAGGUUACCAUUUGCAGUUCUAUGACAGAAAAAUUACCAUGCUUUAUUGUUCAGGGGGCCGGGACAAAUGUGGAAGUGGGCCGUGUCCGGCCCCCGGGCCUUAGUUUGGGGACCACUGGUCUACACUGUGUGUACCACCACGCCUGCGUACGAGGUACACUCACAUGGAAGUACAAUUAGUCAUUAGCACUUUGACAAAAUAUCUUGUGUAUUGCGAAUAUGAACGUAUGAAUUGCAUUUUGUUGCCCUGUACAAGUGACAUGAGCAAUAACAAUAAAGUUGAAUCUAAUCUAAUCUAAUCUAAUGAACAAG